CUCAUCCUAAAAUGAUCAAUAGACGAUUUAAGAAGCUUUUUUUUGCUUUAUUUUGCAUUUUCUUCCUUUACUUUUUUGUAAAAUAUGGAUUUGAGCAGAAGGAUGAAGUAGAGUCAGUGUUUGGACAGAGUUUGGAUAGAAACUUUGAAAGGAUUCGUUCAAAAAAGCAUCGAGAACCCCAUUCAAGUAGUGAGAUAACCGCGGACGUUGCUAUUUGGAAUGCAGUUGAGAAGCAAUCACCUACAACUGAAAGUCGAGAUGACAAAAUUUUGAAAGAAUUUUUGGAAAGGACAAAAGCACCAGAAGUAAAAACUGCUCAGCCAGCAGUCAAUAACUUGCAAGGUUUAAUUCAAAAGCACAGGAAAAACAAUCGAGACAGUAUCCAAAAUAGUCCUAAAAUUGACAAAAUUGACAUAAAUAAUAUUAAUAAGGCAGAUAUUGACAAGAUUGUUGACGAGCUUAUGGCAAAAUUCAAGACUGAAAAUCCUGAAAAGAAAACUGAAUUUAAAAAACCAGCUGAGAAGAAAAUGUACGAAAAAUUUACAUCCGCUGAAAACAAAAAUGACUCUAAAGAUGACAUAAAACCAGAAGAAGUUGUUCAAUCCGAAAUUGCCACAAUUUCUCAAAUAAAAUCAGAACCUGAAGAAGAACUUGGUGAAGUUGACAACCAGGAAGCUAUAAACAACAAUGUUAAAGACCAAGAACCAAAACUAGACAAAAAGAAUGAUUCACAAGAUCCAGCAUUAAUGAAACAACCUGAACAGGAAGAACUAGAAAGAAUUGAGCAAAAACAACUAGAAACCGAAAAAUCCACUGAUUUAACAAACUCUACCAAACCAGAAAAAUCAAAAGAAUCACAAGAAAAAUUAGCAGUCAUACCCGAACCAGAACCCCCAUUCCUACGAGAUAUAAAAAUAGAUUUAGGUGAACUUGGCAAGCCUGUCACACUUCCACCUGAUUUACCUGAUAAUAUCAAACAAUUAGUCGACGACGGCUGGAAACAGCAUCAAUUCAAUGAGUAUAUUUCAAGCUUAAUAUCCGUGAAAAGAAGUUUAUUAGAUUUUCGCUCAGAUUACUGUCAUGACAAUCACAAAAGCUAUAUGAAAGACCUGCCACCCGUUUCAAUUAUUAUUGUGUUCUAUAAUGAGGCAUGGAGCACAUUGUUACGCACAAUUCAUUCAGUGAUUGAUCGGACUCCGGCCAAACUCAUUAAGGAAAUACUUUUGGUUGAUGAUUAUUCGGACAUGCCGCAUUUGAAAACACAAUUGGAUGAUUAUGUUAAGGAAUCGGAAUUUGAAGAGAUUCGAGUGCUUCGAAAUGCUAAACGAGAGGGAUUGAUUCGAUCACGUAAUAGAGGAGCGAAAUAUGCUAAAGCGAAUAUUUUGGUGUUCCUUGAUUCACAUAUUGAGUGUACGAAUGGAUGGCUUGAACCGUUGGUCGAUAGAAUUGCAAGCAAUAAAACAUCAAUUGCUGUUCCUGUCAUUGAAAGAAUUGAUGAUGAGACAUUUGAGUUGCAACCUAAAGAUAGGUCUCAAUUUGUGUCACUUGGUGGUUUUGGAUGGAACUUACAAUUCCGAUGGUUUUAUAUGAAAUCUACAGCUAGAAAACAUCCAGAUGCACCAAUUAGUUCACCAACUUUAGCUGGUGGCUUAUUUGCGAUUUCUACAGAAUUUUUCAAGCGUGUAGGAAUGUUUGACCCGGGUUUAGAGCUUUGGGGUGGUGAGAAUCUUGAAUUAAGUUUCAAAACAUGGAUGUGCGGCGGUCACAUACAAAUGAUUCCAUGUUCUCACGUUGGUCACGUCUUUCGUAAAAAGUCACCAUACGAAUGGUCAAGUGAUGUUGAUAUAUUCAGAAAGAACAGCAUGAGAGUGGCAAAUGUUUGGAUGGAUGAUUUUAUUAAGUUUUAUAAAUCAGCUACUGGACCUGAUGACAUGGAUUAUGGAGAUAUUAGUGAUCGAGUUAAAUUACGCAAUGAUCUUGAAUGCAAAAGCUUUGCAUGGUACUUAAAGAAUGUUUAUCCAGAACAAAGCAUUCCAUCUGACCAAGUUGCUUAUGGACAAAUUCAAAAUUUCGGUUACAACAAAACGAUGUGCUUGGAUGGAAAAGCUGAUAAAGCAACUCCAUUCAUGACUGUCUUCAAGUGUCAUGGCAAAGGAGGCAAUCAAUUUUGGGAAUAUAAUGGAGAAAUUUAUAGAGACAAUUAUUGUGUGACAUAUGAAGCUCAUGAUUUAAUGACGAAACAUUGUCGAAAAUCUGAUAAGCAACAAAUUAAUGAUGAUGAAUUAAGUACAAAGAAGGAUGAAUUAAUCUCAAGAGGAUUAAGAAUUUUGGAAGCAUUAGAAUAUGAUAUUUAUACAAUAAAACCUCCAGUGAAUAUAUUCGGUGAAAAUGUGAGUGUUGGGGAGUUUGGUGAGGCUGUAGUCUUACCAAAAGACAUUCCAAUAGAAAUCAGAAAGCUUGUUGACAAAGGAUUUAAGGAUCAUUCAUUCAAUCAAUAUUUAUCCGACAUUAUAUCUGUCAAUAGAACACUCAAAGACGGCAGAACUGAAUAUUGUAAGAGCAGUGCUAAAAAUUAUUCAAGUUUACCAAAAACAUCUGUGAUUGUGACAUUUCAUAAUGAGGCAUGGUCAACAUUAUUGAGAACGAUUCAUUCAAUAUUGAAUCGUUCGCCAGAGCAGUUGAUUGAGGAAAUUCUGUUGGUUGAUGAUUUUUCGACUAUGGACCAUCUCAAGCAGCCUCUCGACCGCUACAUCAAAAAGAUCCCAAAAGUCAAAAUCAUCCGCUGUGAAGAAAGGAAGGGCUUAAUAAAAGCCAGAAUCAUUGGAGCAGUAGCUGCAAAAGCACCAACAUUAACAUUUCUAGAUUCCCAUGUAGAAUGUACAAUUGGAUGGCUUGAACCUUUACUAGAAAGAAUAUCAAAAGAUUCAACAAAUGUUGCAGUUCCAGUGAUUGACAUGAUUGAUGAUAAAACUUUUGGAUAUGACUGGCUAGAUGCAACAGUUACUCCAAUUGGUGGAUUUGAUUGGAGAUUGACAUUCAAGUGGAUAUUAGAUACGAAGCCAAGAUCAAAUCCAUCACUUCCAGUAAAGUCACCGACUAUGGCUGGUGGAUUGUUUUCAAUCGACAAGGCAUUUUUUGAACGUUUAGGAAUGUACGAUCCAAAUUUUGACAUUUGGGGUGGUGAAAAUCUAGAAUUAAGUUUUAAGACAUGGAUGUGUGGUGGGACACUUGAGAUUAUUCCAUGCUCACAUGUUGGACAUAUUUUUAGAGAAAAAUCACCUUAUGUAUGGAGACCCGGUGUCAAUGUGGUACGGAAGAAUUUAAUUAGAAUGUCACAAGUAUGGAUGGAUGAGUACGCGCAAUUUUAUCACAUGAGAAUUCAUGCAAGUGAGAAUGAUUUGGUUGAUGUCAUGGAACGAAAGCUUCUUCGCAAGCAACUAAAUUGUCAUGACUUUAAAUGGUACCUGAAUAACAUCUAUCCAGCACAAAUUGAUCCAUCGAAAGCACUAGCUCAAGGAAAACUAAGAAAUAAAGUCAAUAAAAAGUGCAUUGAAGUAGAAUCGUCAGCUGUCAGGCUUGAAAUUUGUUACAAAAAUCGUGACAGUCAAUUUUUAUUAUUAAGUGAAGACAAUGAGUUACGCAGGGAUAACUUGUGCUUGUAUUAUACGAAAGGAAAAGUGUCGAGCAGCUAUUGUAUUAGAAAUUUAAAGGGAAGCAAUUGGAGUUAUUUGACAUCAUCAAAUCAAGUCUUUCAUAAUGCUACAAAUAAAUGCUUAACGGUUGACAAUGAUAAUGGACUUAAAUUAGACGAAUGUGAUUCAUCGAUUAUGCGGCAGAGAUGGUCAUUUGAUUGGGAGUCGUUUAUGGAAAAUCAAAUAAAGUCAAGAAAGUUUUCAAAAAAUCCAGAAGAUGACUUUUCAGUCACGAAUCAGCCACGAGUGGUGUCAGAUGUAGUUGUUCAGGAAUUUCUUCAAAAAAUUGAAUCUAAAGAACUUCAUGAGAAUCUCAUAGACAACAAAAUUGAAACUCAAGCUGUACAAAUAAGAAAAAUAAUUUCAACAGUCUCUCCAGACAUUUACACUCGACUUGGCUUAACGCUCAAUGCCGGUGAACACGGUGGUGGAAUUAAACUUGGAGCUGAUGUUCCGAAAGAUAUACAAACAAUAGUCAACGAUGGAUGGCGACGUCAUGAAUUUAAUGAACUUGUGUCUGAUAUAAUUUCUCUUAAUCGUUCAUUGCCAGACCCAAGGUCGUUCUACUGCAAGAAUGUUCAAUACUCACAAAAUUUACCAAAAACAUCUGUUAUUGUAAUAUUUCAUAAUGAAGCAUGGUCGACUUUAUUGAGAACUGUUCAUUCGGUUAUUAAUCGGUCUCCCGAUCAUUUAAUUGAGGAAAUUCUGUUGGUUGAUGACUUUUCGAAUAUGGAUCAUCUCAGAGAACCUUUAGAAGUCUACAUGUCUCAGUUCUCAAAAGUGAAAAUUCUUCGUACAGAGCAACGCGUUGGAUUAAUAAAAGCUAGAAUUCAUGGAACAUUAGCAGCUAAAGGUCAGACAUUGACAUUCUUAGAUUCUCAUGUUGAAUGUGCUGAUGGAUGGCUUGAGCCAUUGCUAGACAGAAUUGCAAAAGAUCCAAAUUCAGUAAGUUCACCAGUGAUUGAUGUAAUUGAUGACAAUACCUUUGCAUUUAGCUAUCAAGAUGAUUUUGGACUUCAAGUCGGUGGAUUUGAUUGGGAAAUGACGUUUGACUGGCACAUGAUACCCGAAAGAGAGCGAAAAAGAAAGAAGAAUCGAUCAGAUCCAACAAGAACACCAACAAUUGCAGGCGGAUUAUUUACAAUAGACAAAGAAUUCUUCUUAAAAUUAGGAACUUAUGAUCCAGGCUUUGAUAUUUGGGGUGGUGAAAAUCUAGAAUUGAGUUUUAAGACAUGGAUGUGUGGUGGAACACUUGAGAUAAUUCCAUGCUCACAUGUUGGACAUGUUUUUAGAAAGAAAUCACCUUACAAGUGGCGACCUGGUGUUGAUGUCAUUAAAGUUAAUUUAGUAAGAUUAGUGGAAGUGUGGCUUGAUGAGUAUGGAAAGUAUUAUUACAUCAGAAGAGGAUCUGACAAAGGAAAUUUUGGUGACAUAAGUGAUCGAGUAAAACUCAGAAAGGAUUUAAAUUGUAAAAGCUUCAAGUGGUACCUUGAAAAUGUUUAUCCAGAGAUGAUUAUUCCUGACAAUCUUGCUGAAGGUUGGGUCAAAAAUUUGAAAUUUCCACAUAAGUGUUUAGACUUAAAUGUACAAGAAAGCGAGUCAAAAAGCUAUUUACAAAGCUAUUCCUGCCAUAAUCAAGGUGGAAAUCAAUUCUUCGAAUAUACAAAAAAUUUAAACCUUAGAAAAAGUGGUCGGUGCUUAGAGUACAAUGCAGAAUCUAAAGAAUUAGUAUAUUAUCCAUGCCACAACCAGAAAGGCAAUCAGGAAUGGAUAUACAAAUUAGAAACCAAACAAUUAAUUAAUAAAUUAUCAAAUAAUUGUUUAGUCAUGAAAUUUAAUCAGGAAUUAAAUCAUCCAGCUAGUCCAACAGUUGAAGAUUGUGAUCCAAGCAGUGAAAAUCAGAAGUGGGAGUUUCAAUAUGUAUAUAAAGAUAAAUUCAACUUACAAAAUUUUUGAUGAUAGAAAAUAAAU